CAUCAUCCAUCAUCAUCUCUGUUGCCGUCAAAGUGUUGAUGACGACCAAGAGAUAACCAAUUGCCUGCUGUCAAGGUUGAAAGAGUUCCCAGUAACUACCUUUUGCGGUACUGGCUGUCUUUUUUCCUUCUCGUGCAGCCAAGGAGCCAGCAGGUGGUACGGUACCGUAGCCGAAGCGUCCCGGGGGUAUCCAAAGGAAAAUAUUCAAGUCUCGUUUUUUAAGCACCAAGAAUCGAAUGAAUGAUCCAUCUCCCAAAGCUGUCUGAUUGCAAGCAGUUUAAAAAAAUAAGUUGGGCAGAGAGGGAGGGUUUGCAAGAUUCUGGGGUGGGGAAAACGGGUAUCCCCUAGCUAACUGCUAACGUAAACAUUGGAGUUCUACUGGCCAGAAGGAAUAUCAGCUUUGACCGUACAUUGAGCUGCCAUGGCUGAACUUCCGUCAGAAGGAGCACCCUCAUCAUCCUUAUCAGUCGUUCAAGCGCAAAACAAAAAGACAAUUGACUUUUGGAAUGACCUGUACCAAAAGGAUGCUACCCAUCACAAGGAAUGGAUUUUGCAUCCCUCCAAUGACAUUUUGCAGAGGUUAAUGGAAGCUUUGCCACGGCACAAUAACAAUGGAGAAGGAUAUCAUGUUUUGGAAAUUGGUUGUGGGACGUCCACAUUGUCCCGUGAUUUCUGGCGUGUUUGCCGCCAAGAGUCCACCAAAAGAGACUUAUCAUCCGUAUCCGUCUGUGCCACGGAUGUCAGUUCCGUUUGUAUUGAACAAAAUCAACAAAGAGAUCAAGAGGAUAUUCAACGGGAGCAACAACCAAUGAUGGACUAUUUGGACGCCUCGAUAUUGGAAUAUCGUGUUCUCAACAUUGCUGAGCCACUCUUUCCUCAUAAGAACAAUGGCGACGACGACAAUCACCCAAACGGCCCUGACAACAGCAAAAGUACUGUUCAACCAAAAUCAUUUGACAUGAUUAUUGACAAGGGUUGCUUGGAUACAUUCGCCUUUCGCACGCGACAACGGGGUGACCAAAAAAACGUCUUGGUGCAAUCGGUUUUGGACAAUGUAUUCGACUUGCUCAAGGAUGGCGACAACGACAACAAUACAGAGCCAGGAGUCUACGUGAGUAUCAGUCCACGCGCCAAGUUUCGCGCCCUGCAAAAGUAUCCUGGAUUUUCCAAGGUUCAGAGAAUACCUCUGGGGGUGGGAAAAGUCAAGGCAGAACUGAUGGAAUCCAACGCUCAUUCCAAUAAUAGUCAUGGCCAAGAUUCUCCUGACGACAGUAAGAAGGAGCGAGAGACGCUCUACAUGUAUGUCUGCACCAAACAGCCGAAUUUUCAUCCUCAGCAAGGGCAUCAACGAAACCAGCUAGCCAUGGUGCCAGAAGAUAGUGAGGCUUGUCCUGUGUGUGGGGUCAAGUUUCAUGAGUUUCGCAAGGGAGAAGAUAUCAACGGGAGAGGCGGCAAAUUCUGGACACGGAUCUUUCGCGGGCACACGCGGCACUGCAAAGGAUGAGCAUAAUGCGAUACAUCGUAGACACCUUCACGUAUCCCUAUUCACGGCCAACGGCGGAGCCGAUGCUUCGACGAACAGCCCAGCUGAUGUAUGGACGAACAGCCCAACUCCAAAACGGGUACACCUGGCCGUUCUCAACGACCAACCCCUGGCCCAAUGGCAUGACCAACACCUAGCUAGACCUAGGUCCUGCCCAACAAACCGAAACCCCACACCCGCACUUGCAUGUUGACGGAACUCAGCGGGUAUCUACCUAACCAAGCAAACCCUUAGGUUUCUGGUUCGAGGAGGUGUGCUCUCCAGUAUGAUGAUAAUUCUAUACUGUAGGAAUAGUACAGCGGCUUUCAAACUUUGUUAGUACUGUAACGGGUGCUAGCUAGCUAGAUCUACCUCGGAGUCUGCUGCAGCUUGCCAGUAGGAGCUAACUAUGUCAGAACAUGCCUGUAACUAGCUAUGUUAGAACAUGCCUGUGAGUAUGGACCACCUCGAAUUGCCAAAACUCUCGUUUCGUGAUGACGGGUGGAGGUCACGCUCGGAGCGCCGCUUGAAAAAUUUGAUAAAUCUCCUCCACAAAAUCGGGGGUUGUAGAGGGAGAAUCUUCCA